UUGGUGUGUAAUUAUUUUUGAAAUUACAAAGAAAUGACAGAUUUAUGUAGGCCUUAUUAUGUUUUAUAUCAUGCUUUUUUCUGUAUUCAUUGUAUUUUUUACACAGUACACAUUUUAUGUGUUUUAAAAAAUGUUUUAAUACAUUUAUCCGAUUUAAUUGAAGUACCAUGAGUCCCAAAAAAGUUACUGCGCCCUCUUUCGAGUAUUCGAUAUAUGGCAAAAAUUAAGGCAUUUUCGGACGAAACCAUUAUCACCACCUAAUGACUGAAUAUGAAAUACACAAAAUACAGAGUUAAAUUAACAUAAUGAGACAUUUUUCAAUUCUCGUAAUAUGUAACUUAAAAAUAAUUUCUUCAAAUAUAAUUUCAGCUCCCACGUACACAUUAUAAAAUGGAAAUGCUUCCUGUCCCCUCCCCCCAUUAUGAAAUGACAGUGGACGGAUCCAGUAGUAUUGAAGCGAAGCUCAUUCUCCCGUAUUUGUUUGUUUUCGCCCUCAGCAUCAAGGGAACGGAGAAGGGCCUGAUACAUACGGGGAAGGAGAGGCACAGUUACGUUGUAUAACGGUUGCGUUUUUAACCUUAACUGAAUUUUUCUAGCCUCCUGCCAUGGCUCUGUGCAGCAGCGUCGGAGCCUUGGCGUUACCCAGCGAGCUUAUAGUUCAUAUAUUCUCCUUCCUAUCGGACCGCGAUAAGCUGCGGGCCUCGGCAGUGUGCUCGCGCUGGAGGGAGUGUCUCUUUUACCCCGCGUUGUGGACGGAACUCAAGCUGCGCGUCGGCGGCGGAACCAACGGCGGCGGCUCUGGCUCGGAACAAACCCCGCGGUUAGAGUUCCUCAUGCGCAAGUUCGGCUCCUUCGUGCGGGAGCUGCAGCUGGAGUUCGCCCCGGUCGAGGGCUGUUUAAGCCCGCUGCAGAACGGAAUGGAGACCGUCGAGAGCGACCCGCAGUUCGCGGAGCGCUGGAAAGAUGCGAUGGGCACUUACUUGGAUCAGGUGUCGUGUGUGUUAAGCUGUCUGCGUAAUAACAGAAACCUCCAGAAGUUCAGUCUUUAUGGUGACACGUGCAUUCUCCAGGAUGAUGGCAUUUUGGACAGCUCUUACCUCAACCAGGUCGACCAAGGGGGCAAGAAAAUAAAAGAGAUCCAGCAGCUCUUUGAAGAGAUCCUGUCCAACAGCAGGCAGAUGACAUGGCUGUCGUCUGCAUUCAUGCUCGGCGUGGUGACCCCCUGCUCCCUGGCCUCUCUCUCCAACCACAGCACCAGCUCCCUCGAGCACCUGAGUCUGUUAGAUAACCAACAGUCCAGCCUGAUCUCCACCGUUGAGCUAGAAAGACUAGUCAGCCUGCAGUCUUUAUCUCUUGACUUCUGUGACUUCACCUCUGAAAUGUGCCGUCUCCUCGCCAGCGGUGACCGAGUGCCCCUCCAUCGCCUCUCCCUCUUGCUCAGCGGCGCUGCUUUGGAUGCCAAGCCUUUGGAUGGUACAGCGGUCGAGGACGAUUGGAAAGCCCUUAUCCGUCACAGCACAAAUCUACGUGUGUACAUCAUGGGUAUGGAUGUGUGCAGCCAGGACCUUCUACGCAUUCUGAAGCCCAGCUUGCCCCUGGAACGGAUUCACUUAGACAGCUACAGCACGCUGGUGACGGACGGUGUCGUGGAGCUCAUCUCGCAGCAGUACCAGAAAACCCUCACCCACUUCAUCUUGAUGAGAGAUGACGCAGGAUUCCCGGACCUCAGUGUCAACCGCAAUGAGGACCCACUGGUUCUGCUCGCCUGGCGCUGUGUGCACCUUGCUAUCUUGAUCAUCCAUGGCUACACAGUGUGGUCCCACAACCUUGUGGCCAUCUCUCGCUUGCGUGGGUCAAACCUCAGAGUCCUAGAGGUGUCUGAAGAGAGCAUCGACUUUGACCCAGACCAGUCAGUGUACAUCGAGGGCGACCCCGUCCACAAUCUAGUGAAGGAGGUGUCCCUGGGCCUGGGUCGCGUCUGGCAUCCCUCCCUGGACAACAGCAUGGUCCUGAACGAGCCCACUCAGCACUUCCACCGUGAGAUGCAGAGCUUCAGUGCGGGCAUGUAGGGCGCUUCCGGGCUCCUGUUACCGAAUGCCCUACUCUCUAACCCUGUGCUUUGUGAUCUUUCACUUAAAUGGGCCCUUCUCAUUUUACAUAUUGUUUUUGUUUCAUUGCUUUUUUUUUUUUUUUCUUGUAGUGUGAAUUAAUCCUUUAUAUGUGCUGUGUUUAAUCAGUAUUAGCUCUAUAUUUAUAUCUAUAUCUAUAUAUCCUGCUUAUUACUAGGAAAUUAUAGUUGGGUAUUGGUUUAGUAGCUAAAUGAGUGAAUGGUAGAGAAGGGGAUUUUAUACAGCUAGCUGAAAAGUUGUACAGUUAGUUGUCGAUUCUCUUGCUUUGUCUGUUUGUUGGUUUCCCCUAGAAAGUGUGGAGUUACCUCAAACUAUCAGCUGAUCCUUCUCGGCUUUCGCAACGACAAAAUCCCACAUUCUCAUUCACCUUUAAGGGAGACUAGUCUUCUGGCCAAGGGAUAGGGCUGAUCCACUGUAGUUAUGACCCUUUCUAUUUGUUCAUCAAUGUGUAAUUGUUGUUUGGAAGUGAGGUUUGGUCGAAACAACAUGUUCGGGACGUAGAUCCCUCUGGUUUUUCUCAACCUGGAAUUAGAUGCACCUCUGCUGGUGAAAUCAAUCGUAGAGGUUUUCAUUCUGGUGUUCAACGCCUGCAUGCUGACCGCCCAUCAGCACAAUAUCUGGGCCCAGCCAUAGGUGUAUGUUUUCUUUGUUUUUUUUAUUUUAUUUUUUUAAGAAGUCCUUCCCGUCUGUCUCAGUUAGGCAAAAAUUAUAUGACAAGGAAGAUAAAGAGAUGGUUAUGAUAUUUUGGAUGAGAGUGAAAACAAUCAGAUGUUCCGUCAAGUAAUUGUUCUUCUCGAGUCACAGUUGCCUUGAAACUCUCCUCUUUUUCAUAAUUGAUGUUUUUAGUCUUGGAUUCCAUCUGUUCAGUGUUAAUAUUGCUCAUUCAGUGCAUAAUUCCCAACAGAAGUGGGUAAUCUUCAGUGGAUCACAGCUGAGGGCGAAAAACUCUGAAUGGACUGAAUCCAGGCCACAGUAUUCCAUCUGUAAAACAUUAGAAUGGAGGGAGGCAGACGAUUGCUUGUUCCAUAUCUCAGGAUUCCUGCACUUGCGGUACUUUUCCAGUUAAAAGCUUUUGUUAAAGCUAUUUGUUCAGAGGGUCGGCACGCUAGAUGGGCAAGAUGUUGUAGAUUUCUGGAGACAUGAGAGCUCUUCCAAAAUAAUGCGCUUUAGAAGUUGCUGUUUUUUUUUGUUUUUUUUAUCGCGUCCGAUUUCCCUAGGUUACUCUUUAAGAAUUGUGAUUCUCGGUGUGUUGUGCUUUAAAGUAUUGUCUAUAUAUUUGCGCUUUUUAAAAAUCACAGUUGAGGGAAGUUGUGGUUGCUUGCAUAGUCGUAUUAAGUGAAUGUCAAACUAAAGCCUUUUUUGAAAGUGGCAGUGUUUUUGCUUUGCAGAAUUCCCCUCUUUCAAAACAUAUCUUUUUUUUUCGUGCUUGAAAAAUGAAGCAAAAUGUCGAAGAGCAGAAUACUUUUAAACCAUUACGUUGCCUCACAAACUUAACUCUGUCAGGCCUAAGAACUUCCUGUUUUGUUGGUGGUAUAGACUACUUGUUAUCAAAGCCAAACCAGGUUCUAAAUAGAAGCCAUCACUCAGUCUUGGAGGAUCUGCGCUCAUGACAAACGUAGAGCCAAAGCGAGCCAUUGCAGCGUAAAAUCGAUCUCUAAAGGCAAGCGCAUUGGGGGACAACCUAGCAAUUAGCUUAUGAUCUUGUCAGGAUUUGUUAUCCGUGGUCCAAAAAUGGUUUUUAGCAGUUAACCAACAAGACAAAUAAAACUCUUGACACGUGAAGGCCUGCACAUAGGGUUUCUCUGUAGAUAAAUGCUAUUCUACACUUUACAAAUGCGAAGCAGAGAUCCAGCUUGACUAAACAUUUGAUAGGUUUACAACCUACUUUGGUAUCUAUGUCAGCAUUAGUGAAAAUUAGUGAUUUAUUUUUCAAUAUUAUUUGUGGAAUUAAAAUCGUUUGAAGAAAACAGACUUAAAAGAAUGCUGUUCAGAUGCAUUGGCAUAGGUACCUGAGAUGCUGUAAUGGACUUAAUGCUCUUAUAUGUGUUGCAGUAGUGGGAUUCUGUAAUUUGUUCUUAUUUGAAAGUCCCAUUUCUACUUAGUACAGCACCAAAAUCAUUGUUUGUUGUAUAUUGAUUUUGCUGAAUGGUGGAUAACGACUGGAAUCGGCAGAGAACGACAGUGUUGGUCAGUCUUUACAACAUGUUACAAACUGCUAAAGCAUUCAUACCGUGCCUGAAACCCAGAAUAGCUUUCAUUUCAAACCCUUGUUAUUUGUAUGUCCCCGGUUGAUCGAGUUGAUGUCUAGCGCAGCAUAUGACAAGCGAUACAAAGACACAGCAUAUUUAAACUGUCAGUGUUUUACUGUUGUUUUCAUUUGUCUUUCUAUGUGUGUAGUGUAAACGCAAAAAGUGCAUCCAUCAGAGAAUGGGGUGUGUUAUAUACAAAGCGUACCACUUCCUCAACAGUGAACAGGAAACAGCCUUUCUCAGGGUUUAAUGUUAGAUGCGUAGAGGAUAAAGGAGUUCCAAUAGCUCAGGCCUUUCACCGAGAAAGUUUCCAUUAUAGAAAAAUCUGCUCCGCAAAGUCACUGGAUUUCACUUCUGUCAGCGCGUCUGCGCCAGCUGCCAAAGAUCACGGUGAUAAAACUCCUUUUUUCUUUCUUUUUUUUUUUUUUUCUUUUUUAAGUGCCCGCAUGCUGGCAGCGGGCAGGGCCAAUGGCUGAUCGGCCGAGAUGUACUACUACUAUUGUAUUACGACAACUACUAUUAGAUAAACGUACUAACGGAGAGGAGGUUGUACUUGGGUGGUGGUCCACAGCUGUGCUGUGGCUUUUGGUCAACAUACUGUAUGUUAGAUCUCUCUCUUACAAUGCACCUGUUUCACUGUGAAGAGUGAAUGUAAUUUAAUCUAUUGAAAAAUCAAGGUUGGUUCUAUCAGACCUAUAAGCUGCUAUGAGAUGUGUUUGGAACAUUCCACUGGGGAGUUAAAAACAAACUAAAAUGGCCAAAUGUCUGCAUGAAAUGAUUUAUUUUUUUACUCUUUUAUUCUUUGUUUUCGGUUCAGGCGGGGUCGGGAUCCUAGAUCAAGUGUACGACUGGUCAUACGAUGAGCCAUUUAAGAGCAUGUGUACCUCGUGGAGGUUUUUUAUUCUCGAACGAUUAGACCAUUCAUUGGAUCCCAGGGUUUUUCAUUGUUUUUACUUUCAGAAAAGUUAUAUGCAUUUCACAAUCUCUCGUAGUAAGGAGAAUGCUCAACAGAGGGCUGCUAUAAACCCCAUCGGAGAGAGUCGAUGUUACAGUUGCCUGUACAAGAUUUUCCGCUAGUUACCUUACUGAUAAAUGACCUCAUCCUAGCCUUCAAAGGGGUAAAAUGGGAGUUCAGGGUUGAUUUCUCACCUUGGAUGACUUGUAUGGUCAAACCAACAGUCUGAUUUUCCACUUUCCACUGUAGGUCAGAUAUCAAGCUCAACACGGGCCUCUCUUUCACUCUCUGGCUGGCUUGCGUUUCAACAAAGUCAAAAACUAUGCAAAUGGAAUGCAUACGAUCCAGAGGCUCUUAAGUUGUUUUUUUUUUCUCUUUUUUUUUUUUCUGUCACUCAAAUGGAGAUAACCUGACUUGCAAUGAUACUUGGCCUUAUUAUUGUUAUUAUUGUUUUAAGAUCUUGAUUCUUCGGAAGCCAACUCCGUUUCAUGGGCGACCGUGGGUUACAGACAUGGUCUCUGUGAGACUGGCCAGCAGGCCCCAGUUAUAAGUGGUACGAAUGUUGUGCAUUUGUUUAAAAUCAGGACAGUUUGCAAUAAAGAAGUGGCCAUCAUAGGGCACGAGCAGUGCGAAGACCACGCUACCUUAUAAACUUAACGGGAAGUUAAAUGAGAACACGCAUAUGUGUAUAUACAUCAACGUAUAUACUUUUAUGCAACACGUGUCCGGGUUCUAUUUAUGAACAUGAUAAAAGUUUAUAAGCAUUGAUGUUUUGCAAAAAUGGUUUUACCAUCAUAAAUGUUUAAUAUUUGGGCAGGUGUGUACUGUCUACUUUUUUGUCUUUGGUGAGCACAUAGCAUUGGAUUUUAUAUGUACAUCUGCAAACAGUAAGUACUCUGGCACAGGUGUGAACAUGCCAGGUGGGAAGAUUUUAAUGAGAAGUAAUCUUGAGGUUCCACGAUUUAGAAGGAAAACCUUUGAAAACUUAACUGACAGAUAUUGGGUAAACCAGCCGAAUGUUGAUUUGAAGAACGAAUGCAUUUUCUUUUAAUCGGAAAAUAAAAGCAUAAAAAAAUUA